AGUUUAAAUAUAUGUGAGAGGAUUCGUCCUCUAAUAUUUAUAUUAAUUUCAAAUUAUCAAUUUUUCUCUCUCUGUAAACCAAAAUAGGGUUUGUUUGUUUUUCCCCAAUAUUACACAAAGAGUGAAAAGAUAAUAUUUUUUUGUUUUGAGGUGGUUUCAAUGGCUUUUGAGUUUCAAUUAAGUGUUAUCAAGUUUUGAUUAGUUUGAAGCUGAACUUGUAUUAUAACACUGAAAAGUUCUAUUAUUUUUUUUUGUUUUUUUAUAUUUUUUUAAUUUUUUUUUGACUAAAAUCACAAAACAUCAAACAUAUAAUAAAGUAUAAAUAUAUAAUUUUAAUGAUCAAUCCAAUUAUUCUAAACACAACAUUUAUAGCUGCUGUUCUUCACUGGCUUUCUCAAUUUCCAAAUUCACCAAUUGAAAAAGAUGAUGUGUAUAACUAUAAUAAACUAACUGAUCCCUAUGUAUUAAAUAAUGUGUUAAGAUGUAUAUUAGAUGAAAAUAUUUUAGAUUAUUCAGAUGAGUUUGAGGAUUAUGAGACAAACUAUUCAGCAAAACUAAGUUAUUUUGAAAAACUAAUCAACAUAAUAGAUGAUUGCUAUUUCCAAUACAACACAAACAAUUAUUUGGGAUCAUGGAACAAUAAAAUUAAUAUAAACAAUAUACAGAAUUCAUUAGGAAAAAAAAAAAGAAAAAGUAGGCUUUCCACUUUAUCAUCUUCAAACCACACAACAAAAUUGAAAUUGGUUGAUCCAACCAUAAAUAAGAAUUCAGUGCUAAAUUAUUACAUACAACUAAUUGAUCAUAAAAAACUAGUUUUGCCAAAUUCUAACAGCCAGAAGAGUCAACGGGAUGAAAUGCAUCAGAAUACCACUGAAGUUGACUUAAUACAACUCCAAAUUUUAUGUUCAAUUUUGGCUGAAGCUGGGUUGCAUUGCAAAAAAAACACAUUGGCAAUUGCAUUGAUUUCAUUUCUUGAAGUAAGUGAGAGGGAUGAGUUUAAUAAUUUUUUAAUUCCUGGGAGCAAAUCCUAUAAUAAUGACACAAAUAGUAACAGUCGAGAUGAAAACAAUGAGCCAAUAGUGAGAUACUUUUCAGGAAAUUUUCCAUUGAAAGACUGCUUUCAAAAGAACCAAAAGGACUUCGAGCAGUUAGAACAUGUUUGCAAAAGAAUCCAUAAAUCAAAUGAAAAAUUGAGAAGAGAGUUGAAGCUAAAAACAUUUGAAAAUCUUAAAUUAAAAAUUGUUAAUAAGAAGCUGGAAAAGCAGCUAUACACCAAUCAAAAUGAAAAGCCAAUGCUAGACCUUAAAGAUAAGGAAAUUCAAAACUUGCACCAAGAAGUUUUAAGAGCUAAGUUUGAUUACGAAAGAAGGAUCAGCGAUUUGAAAGAACAAGUAAAUGAGUUGCAGUUUCUUUUGGAAUUAGACAGAAUGAAGAAAACCCCCAUAGGAACUAGAAUCAACAACAACAAGAAGGCUUUUCCUAAGGAUAACAAUCAUGAAACCAACAAGAGAGCUGUGAUUGAUUCGCUAAAGGAAGAAAACGACAUAUUGAUAUCGCUUUUAGCAAGAAAGGUCCAGGAGCUGAAUCUGAGUCUGAAACAGAAGAGAUGACUGACAAUAAACGACUUCUAACUCCCAGCAACAAUUGCAAAGCUUGUAGCAUUGUAUUAGUAAACUGGUAUAUCGAUAUAUCUGUAGUUGUGUAGUUGUCUUUUUGCAUCUUUGAUUAG